AUGUCAACUACUCUACGAGAUAAACAAGAGAAUAGAAAGAAGGACUUCAAGAAGGGUAUCGAUGCUGAACAAGCAAGAAGAAAGCGUGAGGAGAUAUCAUCUACAAUUAGAAAGACUGCAAGAGAUGACUUCUUAUUAAAGAAGCGUAAGGAGAUGCUGUCCACUUCGAACGGCGCCCUCUCUUCAGAGUUGGUCAUCCCAGCUGACAUCCAACAACAAUUCGAGGAGUAUGAGAAGAAGGACUUGGAGACAAAGCUUCAACUUCUGCCGGAUCUCACUGCUGCACUCAACUCGAGUGAUCAAGCCAUUGUUGUCUCUGCUCUUAUCCAGUUCAGAAAGUUGUUGUCGAUUGGUAAGUCAUCCUCGUGA